AAAGCUCUUAAGUAAAGUUACAUACCCUUGUAUAUAUAUAAAUGGUCGGAUUGCAAAAUGUCGCGUAUGAAAAAUAUGAAAAUUGAAUUUUAUUUUAUGUGUAGAGACAUUUUUAUCCAUCUCAUCAAAAAAGAAUUUAAAAUAUUUUUUUUUCAGUAUGAAAGAUUUAGAAGUUUGUAGCAUAUACUUAGUUUAAAACAUAGAAUAUAUUUAUACAGGGAUAAUGGCUAGAGCAAGUACAACUAAACAAGUGAAGUCUAAGGCUCCAGCUAAGACUGAAAAGAAUGAAAAAACUAUAGAAGAAAUAGAAGAAGAUUUACAAUUACCUGAAUCAUCUGAAGAAGAAGAAGAAGAUCAAGAAGAAUUAUCAGAAGAAAGUGAAGAUGAUGAUGAAGAAGUAGAAGGAUUAUCUGAUGAAGAUGAUGACGAAGAAGAAGAAGAUGAAGAAAAAGAUGAAGAAGAAGACGAAAAGAUCAUUGAAAAACUCGCAACCACCACUGGUCAUAAAGUUAAUAGAGUCAUUACUAAAGAUCAAACUUCAGGAUCAGCAACUGCUAAUAAGAAAUCUAAACGUGGAAUCAUAUAUAUCGGUAGAUUACCAGAAGGAUUCCAAGAAGAAGAAUUAACUAAAUAUUUCGAACAAUUUGGAAAAAUCAUAAAUUUAAAAUUAUCCAGAAAUAAGAAAACGGGUAAAUCCAAACAUUAUGGAUUUAUUGAAUUUGAAAAUGUCGAUGUUGCUAAGAUUGCUGCUGAAACUAUGAAUAAUUAUUUAUUAUUUGGUCAUUUAUUAAAAUGUGAAGUUAUAAUUGAUAAUGAAAAAGAAUUAUUUAAUGGAUCAGAAAAGAAAUUUAAAGUUAUACCAUGGCAAAAAAUUUCUAAACAUAAAAAUGAUAAACCAAAAUCUAACAAACAAUGGACUAAAUUAGUUGAAAAAUUCGAACAUCAAAAAGUUCAAAAGCAAAAGGAAUUAAAUGAUAAAGGUAUUGAUUUUGAUUUAAAUAGUAUAUAAUUUACUUACCCAUAAGAACAAGAAAUUAACUUAGCAUAUAUGUAUAAUAGAAGUAUUUACCUAUCAUGGAUCAAUCAAAAUUGUAAGUAACGCAACAUAAGUAUCAGACAAUCUAAUAAUAGUUUUGAUAUAUAAUCAAGCGUCAAACUUGUCUUCCUAAUUGGGCAUUCUAGAUUUGCGGUUAUACUCUUUCUUAACUGUGUCUGUAUCUUUAUAUGCCGGAAUUUGGUAUAUGAGUGUAACG